ACGUGUUCUGUUUUAGAUCCAAUCCGUGACCCUUCUGCUGAUGUUGUCAACCAAAUUUUCAUGGAAGUAUGCACGUUUAGGAACAAAAUAUGGCUUUAUUUUAGAUUAUGACGUAUUAAUGAUCACGGGAACAUUGCGUAAAGGUAGUUAAUUAUUAGUACCAACAUGGAGUGCUUGUAUAUUUAGCUUUAUUUAGGCAUUUUCAUUGACACAAGGAAAAGAGACCAGGGACUUGGCGCUAAUGCGUUAGCUUAGAGCAUCUUAGCUUUUCAAACAGCCUUACAAAAGGAGUGACAGGUAUCAAAUUCAACCUCUUGGCAAUUUGUUUUGAUGUUUGUGGCUUCGUGCUCUGUCUCCUUUCCUCUGCUUUCUACAAGAGCUAACUUUGUAGUGCUAAACUAACCAUCCCUGUGGUGAACCGCAUUGUUGUUGUUGUUGUUAGCUGCCUGCUGGCUAAUGUGUAGCUAUAAUUAUUGCCUCCCAGUGGUGGAAAAAGUAUUCAAAUCCUUUAACGAUUCUCUGAGUAGUUUGCGAACUUUGGGAAACUGCCAGAACAACAUGGCUCCCAAAGACAUUAUGACAAAUUCCCAUGCCAAGUCCAUUUUGAACGCCAUGAACUCUCUUCGGAAGAGUAACACGCUCUGUGACAUCACUCUGAGGGUCGAGAGCACGGACUUCCCCGCUCAUCGGAUCGUACUCGCUGCAUGCAGUGACUACUUCUGUGCCAUGUUCACCAGUGAGCUGGCGGAGAAGGGGAAGUCUUUCGUGGACAUCCAGGGCCUGACUGCAGCAACUAUGGAGAUCCUGCUGGACUUUGUUUACACAGAGACAGUUUUGGUGACAGUGGAGAAUGUGCAAGAGCUGCUGCCGGCCGCAUGUCUGCUACAGCUCAAAGGUGUGAAAAGAGCAUGCUGUGACUUCCUGGAGAGUCAGUUGGACCCUUCAAACUGUUUGGGUAUCAGAGACUUCGCUGAGACCCACAACUGUCUGGAGCUGAUGCAGGCGGCCGAGCUCUUCUCCCAAAAACAUUUCUCUGAAGUGGUGCAACAUGAGGAGUUUAUGCUGCUCAGUCAAAACGAGGUGGAGAAGCUCAUCAAAUGUGACGAGAUACAGGUAGAUUCAGAGGAGCCGGUGUUUGAGGCCGUGUUAAACUGGGUGAAACACAACAGAAAAGAGCGAGAGCCGUAUCUUCCCGACAUGUUGGAGUUUGUGCGGAUGCCUCUACUCACACCACGCUACAUCACCGACGUCAUCGAUGCAGAGCCCCUCAUACGGAGCAGUCUGCCGUGUCGAGACCUCGUUGAUGAAGCCAAAAAAUUCCACCUGAGACCCGAGCUGAGGAGCGAGAUGCAAGGCCCACGCACACAGGCCAGACUAGGUGCCAAAGAAGUGCUGCUCGUCAUUGGUGGAUUUGGAAGUCAACAGUCACCCAUCGACGUAGUAGAAAAGUAUGAUCCCAAAACUCAAGAGUGGAGCUUCCUUCCGAACAUAGCGAGGAAAAGGCGUUAUGUAGCCACCGUGUCUCUCCAUGACAGAGUGUAUGUGAUCGGGGGUUAUGAUGGGCGCUCACGGCUCAGCUCUGUGGAGUGUCUGGACUACACGGCCGAUGAGGAUGGGGUCUGGUACACCGUGGCUACUAUGAACGUACGCAGAGGACUCGCGGGAGCUACUACACUCGGAGAUAUGAUCUAUGUGGCGGGUGGGUUUGAUGGCAGUCGUCGACACACGAGUAUGGAGCGGUACGACCCAAACAUUGACCAGUGGAGCAUGCUGGGAGAUAUGCAGACAGCCAGAGAGGGGGCGGGCCUCGUCGUGGCCAGUGGACUCAUUUACUGUUUAGGUGGGUAUGACGGCUUGAAUAUUCUGAACUCAGUGGAGAGGUAUGACCCUCACACGGGCCACUGGACCAGUGUGACCCCAAUGGCCACUAAGAGAUCAGGGGCAGGAGUGGCGUUACUUAAUGACCACAUCUAUGUGGUUGGAGGGUUUGACGGAGUGUCUCACCUGGACUCAGUGGAGGUGUAUAACAUCAGGACAGACUAUUGGACCACUGUAGCCAGUAUGACCACGCCACGCUGCUACGUCGGAGCCACAGUCCUCCGUGGACGGCUCUAUGCGAUAGCAGGAUACGAUGGAAACUCACUCCUCAGCAGUAUUGAAUGUUACGACCCGGUGAUCGACUCUUGGGAGGUGGUGACUUCCAUGGCAACACAGCGGUGCGACGCAGGCGUCUGUGUGCUACGAGAGAAGUGAACUAUCUGAGACUGGACUUUAGGAAAACCACUUCGUUAGAACCACACGCAGCCCUGUUGGUUUAUGCAAAAAGACUCUGAACAAACAGGAGUGAUGUGGCCUAUGGAGACUGAGCUGUGCCACAGUAGAUUUAAAGGUGCACUAUGUAACUUUCCUGGUGGAGGGUUUGCCAUCUGCUUGCUCCCAAAGAAGAUGCUAUUGCUUUGCCUAGAAACUGAAAAAGUGUGUCAUUUAGUGUUGUCACGAUACAAAAAUUUCAAACUAUUUCAAUACUAAGAAAUAGACUCAGUACUGACUCCAAUACCACAAUGAUAAGAAAAAAUAACUACAGGAUGUGAUUUUCAACAUUAAAUAAUAGUUUAUUUUAUAGUAUAUCAGUAUAAUCGGUGGUCCAGGUACGUUCCAUUGUGGUCUUUGGUCUUAUACUAGUCUAUGUGUCUUAUACGUGUUCAGAUACAGCUUAAGGUCAUUCUAAAUCUGUUGAGGAAAGGUUUGUAUCAAUCCUGUGAAUGUGACUUUUUUUAGUAUUAAUAACUGCUUAAAUGAGUAUCUAGUAUCAAUACUAGUUUUUGUAUGAAGUAGUAUCUGAUUUUUGGGACUUUUGACAACCAUAGUGUCAUUAGGCUAAUCUCUGUUCAUAGACACAAGCAGAUGAUGCCACUAGGCCAAGUUACUUGUCAAAUCCGUGGAGUUUUUUUCAAGGUAUUUUUAGCCAAGAUAAGUACUUUUAACUAAUUAAAUGCAAAAUAGAUUAGUUUAAUGCCAUACUCUGGAACAUUUUUGGCAAAGCAGAAACUUAUCCAUAGAGACAAAUAAGCGACAGACCCCCCACCAGAAAAGUUACAUAGUGCAGCUUUAAAAGAGGCCUUAAGGAGCCCACGUGCAUGACUCGGGCCAGUGCUACACAUUGUUGUCAUUACAUUUGAGAUUAUUUUUUCAUUUUGUCAUCAAAGUGCAAUAUAUUUCUACAAACAAGAAUGAAAACCUGCACUUGCUGCUAUUGUUUUUGGCCUUUGUCACACAGUGGACAUUAUGUUGAAAUUAUGGACCUAAAGCAGGAGACAGGUGACAUGUGACCAGAUGGAGCGGUCAAAGGAUCAUCUGAGCUUUUUAUAGUACUACUUCUAUUGUAUAUCCAGAUGUUUUAAAAGAAAUCACUAUUUUAUGAACACAAAAGUACAGUGCAUCAAUCGUAAACCAGUCUCGUCUGGCUGAACUGAAGAACCACAUGUUUAAAAUGUAGAUGGUCAUUUUUUUCUGAUCAUAAAUUAGAUAUAUCACUUUUAUUAUAGGCAAAUCUAGCCAUCACUGUCAUCUGAAUAAACUUUAUUUACAAAGUACAA